GCCAAUUGUGGGGCUUAGGGCAAAUUUCCUCCAAUUUUCCACCACACUUCUGGUUUUGUGGACUACUGCCAAACAAGUAACGCAACACCAUCGAAAAAAAUCCAAACCACAACGCCAACCGCAAAGGCAUUGAACAGCUCGAGAUACCUCAACUCUUCGUUAGCGAUUUGAGAAUCUCCCGCCAAAUCAUUCAAGAUGGUCCGCACCUCCGUCCUCCACGAUGCUCUCAAGAACAUCAACAACGCCGAGAAGGCCGGCAAGCGCCAGGUCAUGAUCCGCCCGAGCUCUAAGGUCAUCACCAAGUUCCUCCGAGUGAUGCAGUCUCACGGAUAUAUCGGAUCCUUCGAGGAGAUCGAUGACCACCGGUCCGGCAAGAUUGUCGUGCAGUUGAACGGCCGUCUGAACAAGUGUGCCGUCAUCUCGCCCCGGUACAACAUCCGCCUGGUCGAUCUUGAGAAGUGGGUGGUCAAGCUGCUGCCCGCCCGUCAGUUCGGCUACGUUAUCCUGACCACCUCGGCCGGUAUUAUGGACCACGAGGAGGCGAGGAGAAAGCACGUCUCUGGCAAGAUCAUCGGGUUCUUCUACUAGAAGUCAUCUAAGUGAGGUUCGGAAUCCGGUUAAUGAAUGGCAUACUCGGCGUUGUGGGACAAUCAAAAGCUCGAUACCACUUGGAGCCAAUGGAUAACAAAUCCAUAUUCAUUCAUAAGAAUGCUGCAAAUGCCGCCAGAUAAGACCUGUGACCAGUCAUCCACUAGUCAAUAUGAAAAGUGAUUUGGUCA